UACCUCACUUAUGCGUAUGCAGCUCUGCUGGAGGUUCAUCCUUUUAUUGUUUUUAUUAGUUUCAUUUGGUUCCAGCACUCAAGCAGCAUGUCAUCAUGGAGGAAAACCUGCAAACGAGGAGCUGUUCUGGUGUAAGAAGAUUUUAGACAGACUUUAAGUAAAGAUUAACUGACAGCAUUAAAAUGAACAUGUUGCAUCCACACAGAUCAAUUAAAGAUCAUAUGAGGUACAGUCACUAUGGCAACAAUCAUUCAGCAUCACUACCUGUAAGAUUAAGUCCAGCACUUCCAUAGUGAUAACUCACUGUAAUUAACAAACCUGAAUAAUAAAGACAUCUGAAAGCAAACUCAUCCAGUGUUACAAACUGUAGUGUGUCCAGCCCUGGCACAUUCAACACCCGUAACACGUCUUAUUCACUAUUAACACUUGAUCCUAGUUUAAGUCUUUUAAGCAGCCAGGUGGUUUACCAGUUCUCCCUCUCCUCCUGGGAGUGUGGAUUGACAUUUGGUCCGUUUCCUCCAGCAGAAGAGUUUCAGCUCCAUCUGGAAAAUGACUGAACCGUGACCCAUUCCAUUUCUUUCCAUCACUAAGUAUGAAAGUGCUUGGUCCAAUUUGCCUCUGAACAGAUGGGGAUCAGUGACCUUUGACCUCUGCCUUUGAGUACAUGUUCAGACCUCCAAAUUCUUACCUGAUGUCCAGUCUUGAUUACAAGCUCCUUUGCUCCUCUCCGUGUAUCAGUGUAUGUUUUGCAUUUUGUCUGUUUCUCCCUAACAAUGUCCUUGACCUGUGAGAAUUUGUCACUUUUCUCCCCCACAGGAAAAAUGUCCACCUUUGUUCUCCUCCUGUGAUUGUGCAGUAGCUCUGAUGGGGAGACACCGGUGGUUGAGGUAGGAGUAGAAUGAAAGGGUAUGAGAUAAUCACACUCUUUCACAACUCAAAGAGCUUUCCUAUGCUAAUCAGUACUGUGCUAAUAAUGCUAAUCACAUUUCAUCUGGAAUAACUUCAUGUCUAAAUACUAAAGUGAUAAUUUAACUAAAUUCAUUUAUACAUACACAAUGUCAUGACCUUUAAUAUUGUUCACUGUUAAAAUUCACACCAUGUUUUAGUUUUAGUUACAUUUUAGUUAAAAUGUAAACACUAUAAAGUUACAUGCACACUUUCUUAUUAACUGCUGUAUGUAACAUCUUUUAGUAAAAAGAAAGAAUGAAAGUAACAGUUUCUACUGUAAACCUUUCUAGUGUCUACAUCUUAAAUAAUACAGAUGAGCGUUUCCCCCCAAGUGUCUGAUGAUUACCGUAAAACCCCGUAUAUACGCUCACUCCAGGUUCUACCUUAGACAAAUGAUUUGUGAAAGGACCAUACUGAAAAUGUACUGCGUCCCCCUCCCCCACAGCGAGAUUACACAUUAUUCCUCUUUGGGGUUGUUAGAUCUGCUGACCUAAAAGCACUUCAUUAAACUUCUUCUAUCAGAGAGGUUCCAGCACACAGGACUGAUCGAGCUCCAGUAUAUCAUAUCUGUAAAGUCAUGUGACUCAUCACAGCAUCAGAAUAGACAAGAAUUCACUGUGAGCUUCACAUCUCAUUACAGCUAAUGGACCAAUCAAAUCAGUCCACAGCUUCAAAACAUCCAAUCAUGCGUGAGUCUGGACCUGGUUUUCUACUGAACUCACAAGUUCAUUACCUCACUAUCACUUUGUCUAAACAGGAACGAUGAUCACACUCUUUGUCGCGCUUUACUCUCUUUUUUCUCUCUGCACAGCUGUAACUUCUGACAUCAAGGAGCUUCAUGUGAAAAAAGUAAAGUGUGGAGAAAAUGUAACUAUGGAGUGUAGCAUUAGCAUGAGCAUGGACAUAGACAAACAUAAAUACAAAGAUAAGUUAGAAAAGUUAGUUUUGUACAGACAGAGAUUUGGAAAAGUGCCUCAGUAUUUUGUAAGAUAUUACGGGGAAAGUUACACAGUUGUUGAUGAAUUUAAAAAUAGCCGCUUCAGUACUACUAAAAAUGACCAAAAGUUUGAGCUCAAAAUUAGCGAAUUGAGAGAAGAUGAUGGAGGAGACUAUUUAUGUGGAGAAGUGGAGGGAACUGUACUAAAGUUCACAUCUGGAACACGUCUGCAAUUUGAAGAGAUGAAACAUUGUCCUACACCUGGAACGGUUAACAACAACACAGAUUCUGUUACACGCCAGGAUUCAAACUGCAGCCUUGGAAAAGAUUCCAGUUGUUCUGAUCAGAUGCAUGUGCUGGUCUGGCUCUCCAUUUUUAGAGUUGGAGUUCUUGCCUUCAUGCUUCUUAUCUUUCCAAUAAUCCUGAUUGUUUUCAAAUUAAGAUCAAAUUAGAAAUUCAGAUACAAAUGGAAGAAAUACUGAUUUAAGGAGAAAACAGUGUGUUAGAUUUAACUAGAGCUACUUGCUUAUAUUGUCCGUAUAUUGGAAUGAUUUUGGUCUAACUGUAAUGUGGAGGUAUUUACCAGCCGUACUUACAGCUGCAUUUAAGGGCUCCUGAGAGGCGCAGUACAAAAUCGUUCUCCCUAUUGUCUCGGGGUCUAAUCCUAACCAUGCCACAGACAUCCGUGGCCGGAAGUCUAAGAGAGCAAAAUUGGCCGUGCUCUCUGGGAGGGAGGGACAGACUCUCUCUCCCCUGUCAAUCACAGGAACACCAGCCUAUCAUGGGCAUCUGUGAGUGUGUUAUGCUGCCCCCUGAUGGUCAGAAGUUAUAAAAGAUGCAGUUAUCAGGAUUCACGUGUCUCACAGGAAGCAUGUGAUAGCCUUCGCCCUCCCUGGUUGGUAGCUGUUGUGUGACAGGGGAGACCUAACUGGAGGGCAGGAAUUGGCCAUGAAUAAAUUAGGGAGAAAAUCAGGGGAAAAUGUAAAAAUGCAUUUAAUUUAAUAAAAUCUAAACUGAAUGUACAA